AUGGAUUUCCACGUUGUCACCGUUCUCCAUCGUCUGCUGAAGAAAUUUGAGGAAUAUGGGGACAUUCCCGGGAAUCCAGAGGUAUCUCGAAAAGAAGCGAUGUUUGCCAAUAGACUAGCUGGUCUCAUUCUGGAAGCGGAAAAUGGAUUAAUGGAUAUUGAAGAAGAAGAUGUGAUCGAGAUUGAAGAAGAUGUUGAUUGGGAAGCACCAGAGUUUGAUGCAUUGGAUAGUGAUGAUGCUUCUCCCAACCAAACCUUCCGAUUCGGGGACAGAUGGGUCAACAAAGAAGAUGUUGAGAAAGCCUUAUCCUACUACAGAGACACUUCAAAAGGACAUCGAACUGCGCAAGCAAUGUACAGUCGCUUCCGUUGGCUAUCUACCAACUAUCAUCUCCAGAAGUUACGAGAUAUUGAGAACGAAGGAGCUUCAUACAAAGGAGACCGAUUUCGACUUCUUGCCAUUCUGGCUGAUCGUCUUUUUGAAGAAGUCAAGAAACGACUAAAUGAAGGCCUCACUCUUCACGACAGAGAUUUGCGGUCAUUGACUCUAGACUUGAACAGAAAAGAGUUCAACGUCGUCGGAUUUCUUGCAAGUCAUAAAUGGAUCACUCGUUGGAAAUCGAGUAGGAGAAUUGUUUCCCGGCGGAUCACAAAGUUUGUCACAAAGAGGUGCAUGUUAAACCAGGAUCAACUUGAGAAACAAUCGAAGGAGUUUGUAAAGACUUCUCGGCAAGAAAUGCCCCAAUUCUCACCAUCGAUGAUCCUAAAUUGUGAUCAAACAGGGAUUCAGAAGGAACUCCACGGAGCAAGAAGCCUGGCUUUUGGAGGGGAAAAGACUGUGGUUCGCUCCGUUCAGGCCAAGUCAUCGCUCACUCACUCCUUCACCUUCAUGCCGGUUCUUUUCGCCGAUGGCACGAUGGGACCGAAGGCAUACAUGGUUAUGUCGGAGCCUACUGGUCAAUUCCCAAAAUCCCAGCCUAUUCCCCACACCCCAAACUUGGAAGUUCGAGCUGCUAAAUCCCAUAUCAUGACGAAGGAGUUGAUGUGUGAUUUCCUGACUUCCUGUGUCUUCAUCCCAUCUGUUCCGAAGAAAUUGUUCUUGCUUCUCGAUUCUUGGCCUCCAUUCAAGGAUCAUGCAAAGAUCAGAAGCUGUUUGCCACCGGGAACAGAUGUUACAAUCAGGAACAUACCACCACAUUGUACGUCAAUGAUUCAGCCACUUGACGUCUACUGGAAUGGACCAUGGAAGGCCCUCCUGAAGAGAUUCAAUUCACACGCGGUUGCUUUCUACCCCGACUACGUCAUCGCACAAAGAAACAACCAAAUAACGAUGGUCUCGGUGCUUUUCCACCAAAUUAGUUCAAAAAGAUUCAAAGAUUUCACCCAAUAUUCAUGGAAUAGAAGCGGUUACAUAGAUGUCUACACUCCAUUCCAAAGUCCACUCAAAUACUUAUGCAAUGGGGUAGAGCUCCAAAUCUGCGCAGUCAAUGGAUGUGAUAAUAACAUCGCCAUCGUCAUGACGCCAAUUGCCAAGGUCCGUUGCUUUAGACGCGUCCCGAUUCCCCCUCGUCGGUUCUCGCCGACCCCAGAAGAAGAAUUCCUCCUACCCACACCACCACCGACUCCACCGCCGCCACCACUCCAACAGGAGGAGCAUGAGAUAAGCUCUGAAGCCCUCAUUGCCCUUUUCGUCUGUAUGGCCCUCAUUUUGUGGUUCUGUCUUUUCCCACAUGUCUUUAAUAAUGUUUAA